UCCCGGGGACCCUGUGUGGAGGACCAAGCCCGCAGCAGGCAAAGUUCUGUUCCUUUCUCAGGCCCCACCCAGGCUAUCAUCCCUCCUCCCCUUUUAACCCCUCUUGCCUCCUCUCCCCAGCCUGCGGAGGUCACUCGUGCAGAAGGAAACCCUGCCACCAGCCUCGGGAUGGGUAACUGCGACAGGAAGGUCCUUUGGGCUCUGGGUUUCCUGCUGCUUCUGGGCUCCAGCUUGGCACAGGACACUUGGGAGGCAAUGCUGCCGGCCAGGCUAGCCGAGAAGUCCCGAGCUGAAGAGGUUGCAGGGACAGGCUCCCGGCAGCCCCACGCAGACCGCUGCCCACCACCCCCACGGACGCUGCCCCCGGGUGCCUGUCAAGCCACACGCUGCCAGGCUGACUCUGAGUGUCCACGACACAGGCGCUGCUGCUACAAUGGCUGUACCUAUGCCUGUCUGGAGGCGGUGCCACCUCCACCAGUUCUAGACUGGCUGGUUCAGCCCAAACCACGAUGGCUUGGUGGCAAUGGCUGGCUCCUGGAUGGUCCUGAGGAAGUGUUACAAGCAGAGACAUGCAGCACCACCGAGGACGGGGCGGAACCACUUCUCUGUCCCUCAGGCUAUGAGUGCCACAUCCUGCGGCCAGGGGACGCAGCUCAGGGCAUACCCAACCAUGGACAGUGUGUCAAGCAACGCCGGCAAGCAGAGGGGCGGAUCCUGCGACAGAAGCUUCACAAGGUCUAUCCAGAAGGUGACUCCAAGAAUGUGGCAGAGCCUGGGAAGGGACAACAGCGGCACUUUCCAUAAAGUGAAGACUGUCUGCCUUUGCAGUCCUUUCCUGUGCUUUCCACAGCAAAAGAAUUUGACCCUAGACAUCACACUCCACAGAACAGGACUCUAGAGCUCCCGGGAACUAGGGCUUCAGACUCCCAACCCCAGAGUGGCCCAGCCUGGUGUGGUAACUUGCUGGAAACCCCUGUCCAGCUCUUGGGUCCCUGUCCAGCAUCCUCGUCACAUGAACCUGCAGCUUCUAGGUGACUUUUGCAGAUUUUUCCCUGCGGAAGACAUAUAGUCAUCCCUAUUGUUCCCAAAAUAAAUCUGACCACCCCGUAGCAGAAAUAAGCUACUUUAUCAGG